AGAUGAAAUCAAUCGGUCUAUGUAACUUUCCUUCUUUCCAAACAACUUUGAGCAUCACAGAUUCACAGAGAAAGAGAGAGAUGGGUAAGCAAUCAGCUGACGAGCUUCAUGUAUUGAUGUUUCCAUAUUUUGCAUUUGGUCACAUAAGCCCAUUUGUUCAGCUUUCCAACAGGCUCUCUCUCCAUGGACUUCGAGUUUCUUUUCUCUCGGCUCCUGGUAACAUCCCACGCAUCAAAUCCUCUCUUCUUCUCACUCCCAAUGUCGAAAUCAUCCCUAUCUCGCUCCCUCCAGUCGAGGGUCUCCCUCCGGGCCUUGACAGCACCUCUGAAAUGACACCACAUAUGGCUGAGCUCCUCAAGAAGUCCGUAGAUCUCAUGCAGCCUCAAAUCAAGACCCUUUUAUCUCAACUCAAUCCUCAUUUUGUUUUCAUUGAUUUCGCUCAAUAUUGGCUUCCAAAACUUGCCUCAGAACUCGGUAUCAAGACUGUGUUUUUUUCUGUUUUCUCUGCUAUUUCUGGUGCUUUUCUCACUGUUCCCGCGAGGGAUCCUGGAGAUAAAAUGCCUACUGUUGAAGAUCUUUCGAAACCACCCAUUGGAUUUCCUUUGACCUCAGUUACCUACGCUCAAACAUUUCAGGCUCGAGAUUUUUUGUAUUUAUUUAAGAGCUUUGAUGGUAACCCCGGUGCAUACCAUAGAGUUUCUGAAGGCAUGAGUGGCUGCACAGCUCUGGCCGUUAAAACUUGCCAUGAAAUGGAAGGUCCUUACGUGGAUUUCAUGAAAACCGAGCACCAGAAACCGAUUCUCUUAACUGGUCCCCUAGUUCCAGAGCCUCCCACUGGUGAGCUAGAGGAGAAAUGGGCUCAAUGGUUGAGCAAAUUUCCUUCAGGAUCUGUGAUCUUUUGCUCUUUCGGCAGUGAAACAUUCUUGGACGAUAGUCAGAUAGAGGAACUCGCUCUUGGAUUGGAACUCACUGGUCUGCCAUUUAUUCUGGUUUUGAAGUUUCCGGCCGGCGUUGAUCCCCAAACAGAGCUAAACCGAACUUUGCCAAAAGGGUUCUUGGAGAGGGUGAAGGAUAGAGGGAUUGUGCACUCAGGCUGGGUUCCGCAGCUACUCAUUUUAGCAAACUCUAGUGUGGGCUGCUAUUUGUGCCACUCAGGGUUUAGCUCUUUGAUUGAAGGUCUGGUGAAUGACUGUCAAUUGGUGCUGCUGCCAUUGAAGGGUGACCAGUACUUGAACUCUAAAGUUUUUGCAGGAGAUUUGAAUGUAGGUGUGGAGGUAAAAAGGAGAGAUGAAGAUGGGUAUUUUGGGAAAGAUGACAUUAAUGAAGCAGUGAGAAAGGUAAUGAUGGAAAUAGAGAAAGAGCCAUGCAAGUCUAUAAGAUCAAGUCACAAAAAAUGGAAGGAGUUUUUGCUGAACAAAGAGAUUCAGAAUAAGUUUAUUACAGACAUGAUUAAGGAGUUGAAGGCUCUUGCAUAGGAGUUUGUACUAGUCUUUUACAAUCCAUCGCAUUCAGCAGCAACCGUUUGAUCUACAAUAAUUUCUUGUCUGUAACGCAUUAUGCUGUGUUUUGUCGGAAAUAAAAGAGAUUUUAUGAUUAUUAUAUAAAAAUCGUACUAAAUAAAUUUAUGUACUUGUCAGAAAAGUAGGUUAGAAGGUAUUAAAUUAGCUGUGUUUUGUGAGUUGUAUUUUUAUUUUUAUUUUUAUUUUUAUUUUUAUUU